CAAGUUUAUGCGUGUCAGACCUUUGUAGUGGGAGGGGCUGGAUGGGAAGGGCAGUCUGCUGCCUCAGCAGAGAGUGGAGCUCUGACACACAGGGAAGCUAAACCCAGCUAGCCACCGCGCAGCCAGCCCCCUACUUUCUGCUUCACGGAAGCCAAGAUGAAGACACCUGUUUCCCUGGUCCUCCUCCUGCACCUCUCUAUCAUAGAAAUUGUUGCUGUGGAUGACCAGAACUCAAUGCCCUGCAUGCUGUCCGAUCGCACCACGGCGUACAAGACCUUUCUGAAGCGUCACAUCCUAGAGGGAGCGCCGAGUACCAAAGACCAGAACGCCUGGGAGGAACUCCUGCGAAACAAGAACUUCUGCUUCCGUCCCACGCAGUCCUUCCUCCCCGAAAGCGAGAGGCAACGGGUGGAGGCUGUGUGCUCCCCGUCGGGUGGGAAGGUCUUCAAAGGGAACAUGUGCAUCAGCAAGGAGUCCUUCUCCUUCAUCACAGUCCGUGUGCAAUCCGGAACCUGUGGCAUCAAGAGGAUCGACCGCGAGCAAAAGCACCUCAUCCUGGCUUGCGAGAAGCUCAGGAACGUCUGUCAGCCUGUGCACUUCGAGGGUAACCCGCAGAACCUUGUGCCGGAUCAGAACCGGCCCGACUGCGGUCUCAGCUCGCCCCCCAGCGGGAGCCGAGGCGUCAGGGCAGCAGCUGCUCUCGUGGGCGUGCUCAGUCUACUGGUGGUCUUAGGGGCUACUCUCUGAAGCAGCCGCAUUGACAAUGACUGCGUUUUUUCCUGCUUUAUUUCAAUGCUGAAUCACUGUAACACUCAUUGCCACAUUGUGGCGUGUCUUUAUUUUGUCAUGUUGUGCUUGACUGAGUUCUAUAUGUCCACCUUUUACAAACAAUGAGAAACUCCAUGAGUGACUGCGUCAGUGCCAUUUAAAAUACUUGUGACCAUCAGCGUACAAUUUAAACAAACUACUAUCCAGCAAUCUAAUUUAAUCAUCACUUCACAAACAAGCUGCAGCUUUCGAGUGUUUUAAGUCUUCAAAAUCAGCAAACAAACACAUCAGUGUUAAUGAUUGUAGCUAUAGGCUACUUUUACCUGAUCAGGUGAAAUCGCUUCACGGCCGGGACACAGGGUGUUCUGCUAUAGCCGGUGCAUGUCAGUAUUUAAACACAUACUAAUGUAUUGGGUCUCUGGUAUGAUUUGAGGUGGCUGUGUGGAUAUGCUUUUUGAUAAACUGAAACUAAUUUUAA